AAACACCGGAAAGAGAUCAUACAUUCGGAGUAAGCAGUUCUGCAGGUAGCUGUUUCUUCAUCGUUGGGUCCGAAAUGGCGGGAAUAUCCGUGUCGAAAAUCUCCUUGAUGGUUUGGUUUGUCGUUUGUAUCGGAGUUGAGACAGCUUCUGUUACCAAUGAUAAGGAGAAGGUCAUCUUCAUCCUUGCUGACGGUCUAAGAUGGGAUCGGUUCGGUCAGGCCCUACCAAACUUCAUCAAGAUGGAGGAGAAUGGAGUAAAAGCUGAUUGGUUGAAUGGCGUCUUCAUGACCAUGACUAUUCCUAGCACGUUCUCUAUCGCUACAGGUUUGUAUCCUGAGAGCCAUGGUGCAGUACACAACCUGUUCUUCAACGCUACGUCAGGCGAGAAGUCGCCGUCAUUCAUGGCGACCAUGAACUACACGGAGUGGUUUGACACAGGCGCAGAGCCGAUUUGGGUGACGACUAUCCUGCAAGGUGGCAAGGCCGGUACCAUUCUGUACACGGGGAGUAAUGUGCCUAUCAAGGGAGUGCAGCCGACAAAAAAUAUACCAAUUAAUCUAUCAGGAUCAUGCUUUGGAUUACCAAUGGGGGAUCGCAUCGAUACGGCGUUGUCAUGGAUGACGGACGAAGAUUUCGACAUCGUGGUCAUCUACUUCAACCUGCCCGACUUCAACCUCCACAGCUACGGUACCGAGGACCAGCGCACCUUCGAUACCCUGCACGAGGUCGACGAGGCCAUCGGCUACCUCUUCGAUCGCAUUGACGAAGAAGGCCUGACCGACAUCGUCAACGUCAUCAUCGCCAGCGACCACGGGCACAUCAAUUCGGAGGUUGGGAAACAUGUCCUGCUGUACGACUACAUCAACAGUUCGGAUGUCGAGUUCAUUGUGGCUGACUAUGGUCCAUGCUUUCAGCUCAACCCGGUCGAUGGAAAGCAAGAUGAGGUUUACACCACUCUGAAGAGCGCCCACCCAGCACUCACUGUGUACAAGAAGGAGGAGCUACCUGAGAGGUAUCACUAUGGCAACAACGAACGUGUUCUCGAUAUCUUCGGCUGCGUUGAUCCGGGCUGGCAUCUUCAUACGACAAUCCAAGGCAACGAUACAUUCCUUAUCUCCGACCAUGGCUACGAUAACAAAUGGAUGGUGAUGAAAUCCUCUUUCUAUGCCCAGGGUCCGCACUUCAAGAAGAACCACCGCGCCACACCUUUCGAAUCGGUCGACAUUUACUCGAUGAUAUGCGAGAUCCUUUCGCUCCACCCAGCUCCAAACAACGGAUCACGCGAACGCUAUGAGGCCAUAUUUGCUAUUACAGGCGCAGCGAACCGGUCGGUUUCCGCUACUGUGCCUAUCUGUGUAUUUCUCUUCAUAACUUCAAUGUCAUUAUUCAUGUAAAGCGUAUUGGGUCCAAAUGGAUUUUCGCAAUGGGGCUUCUGGAAUAUUAUUUCUACUGAUAUGUUUGUAUGGUUAUGAAAAGGUACGUUUUAAAAUGUUUAUAACAACAUUUUUUUCAUAUACUCCAGCACAAAGAGAGUACCAUCGGCCUUCACGCUGCCUUGUUUAGAAUCCCUCGAAAGUUUUUGAACAAGAUGUUUUUUAAGUGGUUUAUCUAUUUUGAUUUUAUUGUGUACAGUUAGGGAGAUGGGGAGUAUUCUCGCCAGCAUAUAACAGUCAUGUAAAUAGUAAAAGUAUCUUCAGAACUUUCGAUGGAUACCUGUAUGUGAAAUAUUUGAUAUCUGAUGCUUCAACUUAAAAAUAUAUAUAUCUUUCUGUUUGGUAUCCAUAUCGGUUUGCUUUUUAUGUAUGAAUGCUUUCAUGAUGUGACUCAGGUUAAUGCUCUUAUUAUGUAUUGUCUGCUGAUCAAGAUCUGGAACGGUGUUGACUCAUUCGUGUUCAACUUUAAUUUAACGGGGACAUCCACCCUGAUAUAAAGUUAGUUUUAAUUGUAGCAGAAAUUUAGAGAAACAAGUUAGUGAAAGUUUGAGCUAAGUCCGAUUUUAAAAAAAAAGGAAAGUUAUGAAUUUGUGAAGUUAUCAUCAGUGAAAGACAAAUUGGCAACACUGUGACGUAGCGUGCGAGCUCCUUUCCAAUUUGCUCCGUACAGACAAUUCUUCAACUUACAUUUAUCGUAGUUAUUGAUGACGGAAUAGACUUGUUUCCUAUAGUGGCUCUGUAAAAACAUAUUUGCAAUCAUUAUAUGUAGGGGAAAUGUAUGAUCGAAAAUUCUAUCAAGGGAUAAUAUAGACUUUUUGAAGUUUGUUUAUUACAGGGCAAAUGGGAGGGGAGCUCGCAAGAUGCGUCACAAAGUAGCCAAUUUGUGUUUGAUUGGUUGCACCUUUAACAAAUCAUAACGGUCUUAAUUUUAAUCAUUUUUUGCUCAAACUUUUUCCCACCUGUUACUCUCACGUUUCCGCUUCUAUUAAAACCAACUUAAAGAUGUUCAUGCGUAGUUAUAUAGUCGUUCGUAAAAUAGGCAAGUUGGCGAUCACUAUACAUAACACUGAGCCAACGGGUAUUGCGCUCCCGUGCGUAACAAGUUGUGCUGCCCUCUAUAUACCCACCGCAUGAGCAACUUUAAUAUCAGGGUGGACUUCCACUUGAAUACCCUUCUGGCCGUCAGCAUACAAUAAUCAUGUUUAUGCCUAUGUUUAUAUUGUAUAUAACACCAAUGGGAAACGAAAUUCUGUAUAACUAUAAAAUUAUAUGCACAAUAAAACUGAAAUUUGGAAUCUUGAAUGUUAUCUUUGUAUGUAACAAAAGUGGUGAGCAUAAUUCUGUAUCAUUAUAAUACUGACAAUGAAUCUUGAAUCUUGAAUCUUGUCUCCAAGCUUUCCUCAGCUCCCUCUCCAUAAAAACCAACUGCUGCCCAGAAAGACCGUGUACAAUAUCUGAAUGCCUCUCUAAAUGAUUUAUUUGUAGAUGUGUGAUGAUGAUGAUAUUGAUUAUAUGCGGUUCCUUUUCACAUAGUUUAACACAAAUUUGAAUAGAUACAUUGCUGUAUCGCUAUAUUUGUAUGAUUACACUGUUUAUGUAUUUUCAUCGAUUAAAGCAUGGUUGAAAACAGUGAA